ACCAGGCAGAGGAGUAGCUGGACCAGGCAGAGGAGUAGCUGGACCAGGGAGAGGAGUAGCUGGACCAGGGAGAGGAGUAGCUGGACCAGGGAGAGGAGUAGCUGGACCAGGGAGAGGAAUAGCUGGACCAGGCAGAGGAGUAGUUGGACCAGGCAGAGGAGUAGUUGGACACACAGUUUGAAUGAAACAGUUGUACACAGUUCCUUUUGAAAGGAACAGUGAGCGGGUCAAGGAUCUCCGGCACCAAUACGUCCAGGUAUGGUCUAUCCAUUAUGUCUUGUUCUACAGUGAGUUUUACACUAUGCUACUCUACAUGUAAACAUGGGUUACAGUACAUUCAGUAGGACAUACUGAAAAGCAUUUACACAUACUGUGUUUGACUUCUUUCAGAGAGUAGUGGAGUUGGAGGCUAAUCAGACCCCACAUUGAAUCAUUUAUGUAGACGAGGCAGGGUUUAACCUGGCAAAAACACGACGGCGGGGAAGAAACCUCACCGGGAAAAGGGCCACCGUUGACGUGCCGGGUCAGAGAGGAGCAAGUAUCAUAAUGUGUGCUGCAAUCCCGAGUGCUGGUUUGGUCCUGCAGAAAUACCAGAUUGGUUCCUACAAUACUGAGCGCCUUCUUUUUUUUCUAGAUGACCUCGACCAACAACUGGUGCCAGAAGCAGGAAGGAAACAGAUGCCAGCUGCAGAGACAUCUCAGCUGAAGACUGCCAGGGGUGGAUAAGGCAGGCCAAGCGUCUCUAUCCAAGGCGCAUGGCGAGAGACGACAUAAGAUGUGAUGUGGACGAGAACAUGUGGCCAAAUGCUGAAGAUGGAAUAGAUUAGAACAGGACGGGGCAUUUUAGUGUUUGAUCCCUUCUGUAACUUUUUUACUGUAAUUGUUUUAUUUUUUACACAUUUGGAACCAAAGAUCAUGUAUGUUGGAUGUGUUGUUGAUCCAAAGGCCAUGUAUGUUGGAUGUGUUGUUGAACCAAAGGCCAUGUAUGUUGGAUGUGUUGUUGAUCCAAAGGCCAUGUAUGUUGGAUGUGUUGUUGAUCCAAAGGCCAUGUAUGUUGGAUGUGUUGUUGAUCCAAAGGCCAUGUAUGUUGGAUGUGUUGUUGAACCAAAGGCCAUGUAUGUUGGAUGUGUUGUUGAUCCAAAGGCCAUGUAUGUUGGAUGUGUUGUUGAACCAAAGGCCAUGUAUGUUGGAUGUGUUGUUGAUCCAAAGGCCAUGUAUGUUGGAUGUGUUGUUGAACCAAAGGCCAUGUAUGUUGGAUGUGUUGUUGAACCAAAGGCCAUGUAUGUUGGAUGUGUUGUUGAUCCAAAGGCCAUGUAUGUUGGAUGUGUUGUUGAUCCAAAGGCCAUGUAUGUUGGAUGUGUUGUUGAUCCAAAGGCCAUGUAUGUUGGAUGUGUUGUUGAACCAAAGGCCAUGUAUGUUGGAUGUGUUGUUGAACCAAAGGCCAUGUAUGUUGGAUGUGUUGUUGAUCCAAAGGCCAUGUAUGUUGGAUGUGUUGUUGAACCAAAGGCCAUGUAUGUUGGAUGUGUUGUUGAACCAAAGGCCAUGUAUGUUGGAUGUGUUGUUGAACCAAAGGCCAUGUAUGUUGGAUGUGUUGUUGAACCAAAGGCCAUGUAUGUUGGAUGUGUUGUUGAUCCAAAGGCCAUGUAUGUUGGAUGUGUUGUUGAACCAAAGGCCAUGUAUGUUGGAUGUGUUGUUGAUCCAAAGGCCAUGUAUGUUGGAUGUGUUGUUGAACCAAAGGCCAUGUAUGUUGGAUGUGUUGUUGAACCAAAGGCCAUGUAUGUUGGAUGUGUUGUUGAACCAAAGGCCAUGUAUGUUGGAUGUGUUGUUGAACCAAAGGCCAUGUAUGUUGGAUGUGUUGUUGAACCAAAGGCCAUGUAUGUUGGAUGUGUUGUUGAACCAAAGGCCAUGUAUGUUGGAUGUGUUGUUGAACCAAAGGCCAUGUAUGUCGGAUGUGUUGUUGAACCAAAGGCCAUGUAUGUUGGAUGUGUUGUUGAACCAAAGGCCAUGUAUGUUGGAUGUGUUGUUGAACCAAAGGCCAUGUAUGUUGGAUGUGUUGUUGAACCAAAGGCAAUGUAUGUUGGAUGUGUUGUUGAACCAAAGGCCAUGUAUGUUGGAUGUGUUGUUGAACCAAAGGCAAUGUAUGUCGGAUGUGUUGUUGAACCAAAGGCCAUGUAUGUUGGAUGUGUUGUUGAUCACUGGCAGCAAUUUCUUGUUGCUAAUAAAGCUGUUACUGCAGCAAUUCUGUCACUAUUUGUUUCUGAUGUACAUUCUAUAAAGUAAAGAUGACUCAUUCACUUUUAGAUAGCAUUGUUGCCAAAAAUGCACACAUUCGA